UGUUUCAGGCAGUUCCAUGUUUCUAAUGAGGAGCAAAGAGAAACUUUUACCAGUUGAAUUUAAAAAACUAAACUAAACUCAGAGACCUGGGCGUCGUUUCUGUGAAGGAGAGAAAAUUACAUCAGAAUUAUGUUUUAAAUGGGCUUUUAUUUUAAACAGGAACAUGUAGAGCUGAUAAGUGCACUAUGGAGACAUGAUUAAAACUGGCCUCUGUUUGUUUUUCUCCUGAUUGCUCGUUUGGAAGCAGACUGAUGAAGAAAGAUGAAGCUGGCCUAAUCUAUGCUGCAGGUACAUGGACGGAGUUCAGGAGAAAACUGCAAAGGUUGGAGUUAAAACCUGUGAUCUGCCAUGGAGAACCUGACGCUGGUGGCCAAUGCUUCAGGCUGUUUCCCGGUGGAAACGCCCCUCAGGAGGAAACUCUUCUUCCUCUACUACCUGACCGUCAUCAUCAUCUCCAUCCCUGCAAACGCCUUCUCCCUGUACGUGUCGUGUCAACACAUCAGGCAGAAGAACGACCUUGGCGUUUACCUCUUCCAUCUGGCCUUGAGUGACCUGACCUUCACCUUUGGCCUUUCCCUGUGGAUGGACUUCCUGUGGAGAGGCGUCUGGACCCAUGGAGGCUACAUCUGUUUGGCCUCCAUCUACUCACUCUACACCAACUUCUACACCAGUGAGGCUUUCCUCUGCUGCAUCGCUGUGAACCGCUACCUGGCGGUGGUCCAUCCGCUCAGGUACGCCUGGAUGAGGAAGGUCAGCACCGCCGCCGUGACCUCCGUCACCGUUUGGGUGUUGGUGAUGGGCUUCAAUAUGUGCACCAUAACCUGGGAGGACUCCUACUAUGAGAACAACACGUUCUCUUUGUGCUACGACAUCUUCCUCCCGCUGUCGAAGACCAUGGCUAAUACUAGCAUCGCUCGCUUCUUCCUGGGCUUCGUGGUUCCGGUUCUCAUCGUGUUUUUCUCCAGCCGGAGCACACGCCUGGCAGUGAAAGCCAACAGAGCCACGAUGGAUGAGGAACGGCUGCGGGUCUCAAAGCUGCUGACGGUGGUUCUGCUCUGCCUGUUGGUCUGCUUCGGACCGAUCCAUGUUGCUUCCUUGGUCCGCAUGCUGUUGGAUGGCUGCGAGAGCUUUAAAUGGUUCUUCUGUAUUUACAAGGUUAGCACUGCGAUAUCGAGCAUGAACUGCCUGGCAGACCCUCUGCUCUACUGCUUCAUCACCAGAACAGGGCAGGAAAACAUCCAACAGAUUCUGCUUUUCUUCUUGAGGAAGCAGAAAAGGAGAGAAGGGAUAAACUGUAUCAGUUAAAGAGGAAAAGCUUUUGCAGAAUCAGCUGGUUUUAAUUCAGCUUCCCACUGAUUUCAAAGUUUAAGCUGAACAUAAACCUCCUUUAGACAUGAGUUGAUAUUAAAUUCCUCCUGAAUGAUGAAACGUUUCAUCCUGUCUCUACAGUCAGACGUCCUCCAGAGGAAACUCAUUUUUCUAUCCUUGAUCUUGUUUUUUUCAUUACUACCAAAAGCUCGAGACCAUCAGGUUCUUAGAUAGGAGGAAACUUGACAGUCUGGAUCUAGUUUUCUGGUUCCAGGGUUGGUGGCUUGUGCAGGAUGA